AUGGGAAACUUUUGUGGGCGAGGAAACCGGUCUGGUCCUAAAACCAGAACUGUUGUUCCAAACCAUACUCUGGAUCCAUCAAUCCAACACAGGGCUAAGGCCCAUCCCAACAAGGAUUUCCGUGGAAAUCGAAUUAAAACCACAAAAUAUACUAUACUGACGUUCUUUCCAAAAAAUAUUUUUGAGCAGUUUCAUAGAUUUGCAAAUUUAUAUUUCAUUCUGGUGGUAGCCUUGAACUGGGUUCCACAAAUCCAAGCAUUCGGCAAGGAAAUUGCUAUGGUACCGGUGAUAUUUGUGCUUGCUGUAACCUGUAUAAAAGAUGCCUUUGAAGAUUUUCGCCGCUACAAGUCUGACCAAAAAAUCAACCAUUCACAUUGUCGUUUAUAUAAAAGUGAUGAAGAUCGCUAUGCAAAAGGGGAAUGGCAAGAUAUCCAUGUUGGAGACUUCGUUCAUCUAUCCUGCAAUGAAAUAAUACCAGCAGACAUUGUGUUGGUUAAGUCAAGUGAUAGUAAUGGAAUAUGUCAUAUAGAGACAUGUAAUUUGGAUGGAGAAACUAAUCUCAAACAACGACAAGCAGUCUUUGGUAUAGAUUAUGGAAAUGAUGGAUUCAAGGCCAAGAAGUUUGACUUUACCUUGGAAUGUGACCUCCCCAACUCUGAAAUCUACAAGUUCAAAGGAUACAUAAUCAACCAUGGUGAAAAAAUAUCCCUUAACAAGGAUAACUUAUUACUGCGAGGCUGCACUGUCCGUAACACAGAUUAUGUAGAAGGCAUUGUGGUGUAUGCUGGUCAUGACACAAAGGCUAUGUUGAACAACAGGAAUCCUCGAUAUAAACGCAGCAAAUUAGAGCGUCACAUUAACCGUGAUGUGGUCUGGUGUGUUAUACUCCUCCUUUUCCUGUGUUUCUUCUGUGCCAUUGCAAGUGGUAUUUGGCUGGGAGGCUACAAAGACAGACAUCUAGUACCCUUUAUUCCCUAUGAGAGUGAUGAGUGGUACAACCCAUACUUUCAAGCAUUUGUUGUGUUCUUCACAUAUAUCAUUAUCUACCAGACGGUUAUUCCUCUGGCUCUCUAUGUGUCUGUUGAACUGGUCAAACUUGGACAGGUCUACUUCAUCAAUAAUGACUUACGUAUGUAUUAUGCACCAAUGGACAAGAGGGUUGAGUGUCGGGCUCUCAACAUUACGGAGGACCUGGGGCAAGUCGAAUACAUCUUCUCAGACAAAACAGGAACACUCACCGAAAAUCAGAUGGAAUUUAAAAGUUGUACAAUCAAUGGCAAGGAUUAUCCACAUGCUCCCGAGUCCGAAGAUGAUAUGAGUGAGACUGGCAGCAGGUUUUCCUUGGCCAGUAAGUCCAGCACGGUACCUCCAUCAAUGGCGUCCUUGGUACUGGAGAACCUGAGUUUAGAGCCUGACCUUCAACGAGAAUUGUCUAAGAUGUGUAUGCGCAGUCUGAACAGUGUUGAUCUGUCUCUCCCAGAUACUCCACCUGUCAUGAAGAUGGAAAACACCAAAACUAUACAGGAGUUUUUCCUGCUCAUGGCAAUCUGCAACACUGUCGUCGUAUCAACACAUGCACAUGAGGACUUGAUGGAUGAAAGUGGAGUCGUUCAUGACCCACACCAACAAAAAAGUGAUAGAGAAAAACAGAAGAUGACUGAUUUCUACAAGAAGCUACCCGAACCCUCAACAAAAAAAUCAAAUCUGACUCCUCUCAGUCAGGAGAGUUCUACUCCUAAAUCUCUGGCCCUUCCUCCAAUCGCAGCCACAGCAGACUUCCAAAGCAGAGAACUUUACAAUCGGUAUGAUAGUUCCAGUCCAGCCCUGACACCAUCCGAAGGUAGCAUUGCCGGAUCCUCCUUCCUCUCCGACAUGUCACAGAGGACUCAGUAUGAGGCUGAAAGUCCAGAUGAGCUGGCCCUUGUUAAGGCAUCUUGUACCUAUGGUUGUUGUCUCCUGAAACGAUCCCCAGAUAAAGUCACAGUCUGGCUUCCAGCCGAAGGAGAAGUGGAGUUUGAGACAUUGGAUGUGCUAACUUUUGACUCAACAAGAAAGAGGAUGUCUGUUAUUGUACGUAACCCAGUCAACGGUGAAAUUGUCCUGUACACCAAAGGAGCCGAUUCACAGGUUCUCAGCAUACUUCAUAAAAAAUACAAACAGGAUCCAGCCAUGAAGGACAUUGUACGUAAAACAGAGGACCAUAUAUUAGGGUAUGCUGUUAGGGGACUGAGAACACUGUGUAUGGCCAAAAAGGUGAGUAAGGCUGUUGCAUAUCCUAAUUGGCGGGUUCGAUUUAAGGAGGCUGAUGCUUCCUUAGAAAAUAGGGAAGAAAAACUCCUUGAUGUCGCCUGUGAAAUAGAACAAGAUCUCGAUCUGCUAGGAGCAACAGGCAUAGAGGAUAAGCUUCAGGAUGAAGUACCAGCAACAAUCUCUAAGCUACGGCGAGCUGGCAUCAAAGUGUGGGUGCUUACUGGAGAUAAACAGGAGACAGCCAUACAGAUAGCCUAUGCUAGUCAACUAUUUGAUACUAAUAUGCACAUCAUGGUGCUGAAUGGUUCUGAUAAGGAAACUACCAAGGACCUCCUAGAGGAACACAUAGUACAGAUAAACCGUAACAAAGAGACUAGUCAGGGUGAAAACAAACCCAAGAAGGAGUAUGCACUUGUCAUAGAUGGUCCCACACUGGCGUACGCUCUCGACAAACAAUUGGAACCAUCAUUUUUGAAGUUGGCUGUUCGGUGUAAAUCAGUAGUGUGCUGUAGGUCCACACCCAUACAGAAGGGCAUGGUUGUGAAACUCGUACGUGAUCAUUUGAAGAAACUGACGUUAGCUAUAGGUGAUGGAGCCAACGACGUUAGUAUGAUACAUGUGGCAGACAUUGGUGUAGGCGUGGCAGGCCAGGAGGGCAUGCAGGCUGUGAUGGCCUCAGACUUCGCCAUCUGUCGUUUUAAACAUCUCCAAGAUCUGUUGUUAGUACAUGGCCACUGGUGCUACAGUCGUCUUGCUCGCUUUUCUUCAAUCAUGUUCUACAAGAGCUUGAUCCUGAUUUUUGCGCUGUACUGGUACCAGUUCGACAGUGCCUUUUCUGGUUCACUACAGUUUGACAGUUUGUUUACUAUGCUCAAACAUGUGCUGUUUACCGCUCUCCCUCCGAUUGUCAAUGCUGUAAUGGACAAGGAUGUGUCUGCGGAAACAUUGCUUAAUAAACCGGAGCUGUAUAAGACAGGCCCACAAGACAAGUUGUACACACGGAUGUCGUUCUUCAUGGCCAUGCUGGAUGCCCUGUAUCAAAGUGUUAUUCUUUACUACGUCUGCUAUCUGGCAUACCUGUAUGAGCCUGUGGGUGUCUGGGAGUUUGGUACUACAUCCUUUACAGCUCUCAUCUUAACCUGCCUUCUCACCAUCGCUAUAGACACUCAAUCCUGGGUGUGGCCUCAGUGGUUGACCACAGUUGUUAGUUUCCUAUUUUUUUGGUUCUUUGCUAUCCUGUCUAAUGCUGUGUGGUUCACAUUUGACCAUCCUGCUAACCCAUACUGGGUGAUGAUACACACCAUGACCAAACCCAUCCACACUGUCGUCGUCCUCCUCUCCACUGUGCUGGCUUUACUGCCCAGAUUUGUGAUCAGGAUACUACAGAGGACAAUAAGUCCAGAUGAAAUUGUGAUAUCACAGCUCGAGGAGAAGGAAAUAGAAUCCAAGAAUUCUGACAUGGAAAUGCAGGAAAAUGACAAUAUGACCAAUACUACAGAGAUCACCACAGUAGAUGGCAGCCUUCAGGGAUCAACAACAACAUCAUAUCAUAGAAACCUUGAGAGUAGCAUUAAAUUUAGAAAUGGAGCACUUUCAAAACCAAGACAUUCUAUUCCAUCUAAUGAUUCCAUUACGUAA